AUGCUUGACUACACCAACUUUGACGAGGUCUUCGGGUCUCCUGUAGGAAACCCCUACAACAAGCAGGCUCUCCAGGAGAUCGAGACUUUCCGCAAGGGCUCUGGCGGUGUUCUCUUCAUUGACCGCGUUUUGAACGCACUGGGCUUGUCUAAAGCAAAGAGUUAUCCUCCGAAGAAUGACACUGCGCUGCGAAAUCUACACAAGACGCUCUGUGAAGCCGACAUUUCAACGCACCACCGCUUGUCCAUCUUCUACUACCUGCUGCUCGACACCGACGGCCACGACAACCGCGCGCAGUUCUCAACACGCUUCGCGAACGCUUCCGGUGUACCGAAGAACUACCAGAUCUUCAUGAAGGGCCUCUGGCUUCUGGACCACCACAAGUUCGAGCGCGCCCUCGAGCACGUCACGCACCCCUCGCUGACCCCAGACUUUGCCGACGAGAUUGUGACGACGUUCGCACGGAACAACCCCACGCUCGCGCUCGCCUACUUCCACACGGUGCAGCCUGUGCUCAAGACGCACGACGCCCUCGAGUUGCUUUUCAACGCCCUCGCCCUCGCGAGCGUCACUGAGGCCCUGGCGUUCUCGCGCACUCAUCCUGCUGCCGUGCGCGAGCAGCUCUUCCGCCGUCUCGUGUCGAGCGUACUUGAUGCACAAGCAGGCGAUGACACGGCGCGCCGCGCCAUUGAACUCGUCGGGCUGUCGCUCGAUGCGGACGAGGAGGCGUGGCUGGAAACUUACCUUCUCGAAGGCGAUGGCAAGAGGCUAAAGAACGCACAGGAUACGCUGCUCAUGCGCAAGCUCGCGACGGGCAGGUACUCUGAGGCCGUCAAGGAGAAGGGGCUCGGCGGCCGGUGGGGAGUCGUCAUCGAGGGGCUGAAGAGUGGCAUAGGCAGCCGCACCUUGUGA